AGUCCUGCUUCGGACCUCAUUGGUACUGCAACACAAAGCCUCUUCUUGACUCCAGAAGGGCGACAGUCGAUCAUUUCAACAACACCUGACUGGGAUGUCAUUCUUUUUGUUCCCCCUUGCAGCGAAAUUUUGAUCGAGGAAUAGAAGGAAGGAUAUUGUCAUCCAAAUUCUUCCCCGCGCGCUUUUUCCUUCGAGUUUGAUUCUUAGAUUGGAGUCCCGCAUCACUCUUCUGCGCCGUUCAUGUUCGAAUCCUUCGCGUGAUUGAAAGGGCGGGGACCGCACCAGGACAGAGAUAGAGAAGCCACAGGUAGACAUUCAACCACUUCGACGCAACCCACUGGUCGUCGACAAUCAACAUGCGCCGCGCCUCACAAUGGCGGCUCAGAUCCCCAUGACGACUUCUGCGAGAGACCUCCGCCGUCCCUCCACAGCAGCCGUCUCGAUGAUGAGCGAGAACACCAGAAGUCCCGACCAGCCAGGCGAAUACGAAACCGUCGCCCGGCUCGGCCGCCGCCACACCUACCGCGGAAUCGAUGGACGCCAGCUCGCUGAGCGAGACGAGGACCUGCCAGACUGGAAGCCCGCACCGCUGCGAUGGCCGUUCUUGACCGUGCUGACGGCCGUCCUGUUUGCGCUGAUGGCCGCCACAAUUUAUGCAGUGCAGACACUCCCCGCUGCUGAUAGCAGGGGCGCGUUGUGGCAGGCAGAAUCGGUGGCAUCAUCGACGAAUUUGGGGGACGCAGCAGGGUCGAGCGACGAAUUGUCCAGGCGCGCUCAUUUAGUCGGGAGGGCUCCGGCGGAGGUAUCUCCGGCCAAGACCUCUGCAGCUGGUCAACCCAGUCCUGAUCCGACACCGGGCGCUACAGAGAAGGGGCCGAAUCCCGCCAGCUCGGCUGGUAAUGGGCCGGAUACUUCUAAUGCCAACCAAGGCAACAGGCCACAGGCGGCGGUGCCGGCGCAAAGCGAAGCAGACAGGCAAAGGGAAGCCGACGAAAGAAACAGGCAGCUUGAUGAGAAGAAUAAGGAAGAGUCGGACAACAAGAACAGACCUGGCCAAAGCCCAAGCCCAACCCCGACGCCAACCCCGACUCCAGAGCCGGGUCAGAACCCAGAACGUUCAACUUCAACGACUACUACUAUAACCCAAACCCCACCUACUGAGAAAACAGAUACUAGUUCUAGGUCUAGUACAUCCACAACGACGUCCUCCACAACGUCUACGACAGCAACAACUACAGAGACCGAGCCGACACGAACCCCUGGAAACGGCUUUCCGGGAGGGGGUAACAGUGGUGGCGGUGGUGGAAAUCUUGGCGACGGAUGCAGUGAUCGCAGGCCUUGCGCUCAAGGAGUCUGCAAAAACGACAAGUGCAUCGAGGAGUCUAACAACGGUGGUGGAGGUAAUAUUGGCGAUGCUUGUAGCGACCGGAGACCUUGUAGCCAAGGUGCAAUCUGCAAAGACAACAAGUGCGUGGAUGACAAGACCACAACCACUACUACAACAUCGACAAGCAGCACCACGACUUCAUCAAGCAUUGCUACAACAACCACAAGCAAUUCAAGUGGCGGAGCAGCUAUUGGGGAGUCGUGCCGCUUCAGGCCUUGCGCUGAAGGUGGAAAAUGUGAAAACGGUAGCUGUGUGACAGACAAGCCCUCUAAUGACCCUCCGCAAACCACCAGCGUGCCAGAUAACGGCAAUGGAGGAGCCAAGAUUGGCGAGAAAUGUGGAAUCUUGCAGGGUGCGCCCAGCUGUUUAGAGGGAAAGUGUGUCAAUGGAGUCUGCGCUGAGGACAGGCCAAAUGAUGAUCCUCCUAGCAACAAUCCUCCCCAGAACGGCGGCGUGAAACUCGACCAGCCGUGCGGUGCUUCCGCCCCAUUUGGCGAACCGAAAGACUGUGCUGAAGGCACUUGCAAGCUGUCCGGAUUGGGCUGGAAAUGUGUUCAAGACAGCAAUCCCCAACCUCAGCCGCAGCUGCCUCCAGCACCCAAGCUUGGAGACCGUUGUGGUGAUUCUGUAGUCGUACCUUUUGCACCGAAAGAUUGCACAGAGGGUCAAUGUCGGCGCGGUUCCUCUGGUGUUUGGACUUGCGAAAAGGAGACUCAAAACCCUCCAGACAAUACACCACCUAAUGGCGGCGGCAAUGAUGGCGGGCUCGUGAAACUCCAUGAGAAAUGCGGAGGCAUUGGAUACACCGGACCUACACGGUGUGAGCAGGGCACAUGCAAAGUCAUUAACCCGUACCACUCACAAUGCGUUGACGAGGGUUCCGCGAGCGAACCUGGGACUGGAAACGGGCUGCCCAAGCUCUACGAUAGAUGUGGAGGUAUUGGAUACACCGGGCCCACAACCUGCGCAAUGGGGACAUGCAAAGUCAUGAACCCGUACUAUUCGCAGUGCGUCGAUGAAGGCCCUGUGGUUGUACCUGGAACAGGCGUCGUGCUCCCUAAGCUCCACGAAAAGUGUGGAGGUAUCGGAUACAGUGGCCCUACAACCUGUUCCCAGGGCACUUGCAAAGUUGUCAAUCCCUACCACUCACAGUGUGUUGAUGAGAGCCCCGUCACUGGACCUGGGUCUGGAAACAAUCCUCCCAAGGGGCCCGGUGACAACCCAGCAGACACACCAAAGCCUGGAGAAAACAAUAAUGAGACUAGACCUGGAUCUGGCAACGGCAACGGCAAUGGUAGCGGCAGCGGCAACAAUGAGCCCAGGCCUGGAACUGGCAACGGCAACGGCAACGGUAGUGGCAACAAUGGGACGACACCUGGAUCUGGGGGAAACCCUUCCAAGGGGCCGAGUGAUAACCCGGCAAACAGCCCAAAGCCUGGGGAAAACAACAACUCGCCUGUUCAGGUUGUGCAACUUUUCGGCCAAUGUGGUGGUAACGGUUACACUGGCCCUACCACCUGCUCCCUUGGUUCUUGCGUCAAGAAGGAUGAGUCGUGGAGCGAAUGUCGCCUCGAUAACCCCUGGUCCACGAAGUCUGACGAGGCCCAGACAACGCGGGCACCCAAGUCGCCUGGGAUCGUCGUGCCACGACCAGGACAGGAAGACAACAGCAAAACAGCUACUCAGACAACACAGAUCAGACCCGGUCCUGAUAGAAAUCCGGUCAACAACGGCCAAAGCCAGCCCGAGUCCACUAGACCUCCCCUUAUCAACAAUCCAGCCCCAACAGACAUACCCAAAAUUGACCGCCCAAAGGAUGAUCAGAAGGACGAGGAUGCAUCACCGCAGGGUGGGGGUCGACCUUUCAGCCCUGGCAGCAAGACAACUUCUCGUGUGGGCAGACCAGCGCCUGUACCAACGACGAGGUUUGAAUGGGUCCAGGUUAAGACCAUCACAACGACAGACGGCAAGGGAGACAGAACAACCUUGAUCAGCACUCCAACACCUCAAAUUCAAAUUGACAUCCUUACCACAACUGAUUCCGAAGGGCGACCGACAGUUACAACAAUUACGAAAACGGUGGCACCCAGGACAAGCACAUUGACCGACAGCAACGGUGUGCCCACGGCCACUAUAACAGAAUACGCUGCAAUCCCCACUUCUGCAGCGCAAGCGAGCACUGCACCCGUCGAGGCCAUGUCUCGUCUCAGCAGGUCUCAGCACUUUGCAGCAUUCUUCCUUCCACUACUCUUGGGCGUUGGUCUUCUUGCAGUUGCACGCAUGAUUGAAACGACUGCCAGACAGCUCCAGCCAUUCCACCGCAUGACGCAUCCCUUUGGUGCACCCGCGUCGGAAUCUUUCUGUCAGCGUGUCGGCUUGAUUGAGACCAUCCCGAUAGCUUUCAGGAGUCUUGCGAUAAAAGGGGGUAUCCUGCGCGAUCCGCCGGUGUUGUUGCUAUCCAAGCUACUUUUGCUCUUUUCUGCUGUCUUGGUUCCCCUAGCUCCGGAAGCUUUGGCUCUCAGCAUGAGCGAGACCUGCCGCGCUGAAAUUGGUUACGAGGGCUGUACAGCCUCGGUUGCUAUCUUCCCCGCCCUGGCAUGGGCUGCCGCUGGAGUGAUUGCAACAAUGGCAGUGUUGGCACUACUUCUUGUAGUUGGCCUCCAGAGGUGGACGACGGGCGUAGCAUCGAAUCCAUGGAGCAACGCUGGAAUGGCGUCCAUCUGCGCCAACCCUGAGGUCAGGGCGAUACUACUUUCGCUGCCCAAUGGUCUAGGCGCCCGACCUAGCGCGCCCGGGAAGAGGCCGCCGAGAGAAAGCACCGCUACCGGCAGAGUCAUCACGCAUGAGCAGCUGCUUAAUGCAGCUGGCGAUCGAACGUUCCGCUUGGGCAUGUUUCCGACCGAGGUAGGCACCGACGCCUCUUCGCUCAGGGAAAAUGCCUCAGCCGACUACGGCGUUGUAUUAUACAACAGCGGGGCAGAAGGGAAUUCCCUGACGGCCAGUGGUGGCAUCGACCCAGAUAACAUUGGCAUAGCGAUAUCUACACCAAUGACUGGAACAACCGCGAUGGCUUCGGGAGAAGAUGGCGUCGAAGAAUUUGAAUACAGUGACGACGAGGACGAGGACGAUCUCGGACCUGCUGAUAAUCGAGCCCCGCAAGGAGCGGGUAAAUUUGCGCCGCUCCAGCGACAGGAAGAACAUCACCUGCCUUUCAUGAUGUUGACAUAUGGGCCGCGGCUGGUCUUUGUGGCUUCAGCUUGUGCGUUGCUUAUUAUCAUUAUGUAUCAUCAAAACAGCUCUGCGGACGGCGGUUUCGAGAGGUUCAUGAACCAGGAAGGAUUCGGGGCCCGGUUGCUAUUCACCAUCGUUGGAGUGGUAAUAGCAUUUUUCUGGGCUUCAUUCUUUACCAACGUAUCACUCAUGAGCCCCUACCUGAUGCUCUCCAUCGCCCCGCAACGCGCAGAACGCUCCAUCCUCAUAUCGCCGUCGAGUAAUCCGUUCUCCGGCCUGUACCGGGCAAUCCGCGACCGGCACUUCUUCCUCGCCGCCGUGGCCGCGACCGCGAUCCUCGCCGAGGCCAUGCCCAUCCUCCUCCACAACCUCCCCUCGCGGGGCGACCUCAUCGCCUCCAAGCACUCGUCGCUCUAUCAGGCCUGCACGUGGACCUCGGUCGGGAUCCUCUGCGUCAUGCUGGCCGUCAUCACGACGUCCUUCUUCGUCAGCUGGCCUCACAUGCCCUCGGACCCGAGCAGCCCGGCCGGCGCCAUGUUUUACGUCUGCGACUCGCCGGGCAUGGCAUGGGCGCUCGAGGGCACCGCGCUCCUGAGCCAGAGGGAGCGCGACAGCGGCGUCAGGGCGCUGGGCAUGACGUACGAGUUUGGCGCCAUGGAGGGCAUGAGCGGUCGGAGGCGCGUCGGUGUCGAUGCGGAUGAGACGUCAGGCGCGGCCUUGGUUGACCAGCCUGAGGGUGCUGUUGUAUAACUAAAAUUUUACUUUUUUACUUUUUGCAUUCCAGGUCUUAAAACAUGGGCGGGGAAUUUGGCGGGGGUUUAUUUUUUUGGCUUUGGUAUACGUACUAUAGUAUGCCUGGGUAUGAUACCCCUUGUUUUUGAGACGAAAAUGCGAGGGAUGGCAGCGGGCCCAGCGGCAUUUGGUUCUUUGUUUCAGCGUUUAGCAUUUCUUCUUUUUUGUGUUUCUCAUCUCGGGAAUAAGAAGGUUUCCCUUCGCCUGUAAUGUUUUAGACUCUUUGUUUUGGCAUAUAAUACAGCACAUAUGUACAUUAUCACCAAUAACUUAUCGGCAUAUUCAGCAUUUUGACAGUUGAAUUCAGACGCGAAAAAGAAAGUACAAAGACA